ACCUGCUCAGACUGUGGGAAGGGAUUCACUCAGUCAUCUCAUCUGAAGGCACAUCAGCCAGUUCACACUAAGGAGAGACCGUUCACCUGCUCAGACUGUGGGAAGGGAUUCACUCGGUCAUCUCUUCUGAAGGCACAUCAGCGAGUUCACACCGGGGAGUGGCCAUUCACCUGCUCAGUCUGUGGGAAGGGAUUCACUCAGUCAUCUCAUCUGAAGGCACAUCAGCGAGUUCACACUGGGGAGAGACCGUUCACCUGCUCAGUCUGUGGGAAGGGAUUCACUUGCUCAUUUUAUCUGAAGGUACAUCAGCGAGUUCACUCUGGGGAGAGGCCAUUCACCUGCUCAGACUGUGGGAAGGGAUUCAAACUGUUCGCUUGCCUACUGACACAUCAGCGAAUUCACACUGGGGUGAGGCCAUUCACCUGCUCAGUCUGUGGGGAGGGUUUCACAAGGUCAUCUGCUGUACUGAGACACCAGUCAGUUCACACUGGGGAGAGGCCAUUCACCUGCUCAGUGUGUGGGAAGGGAUUUGUAGCGUCAUUUGAACUGAAGGUACAUCAGCGAGUUCACACCGGGGAGAGGCCGUUCACCUGCUCAGACUGUGGGAAGGGAUUCAUUCCGUCAUCUCAUCUGAAGGCACAUCAGCGAGUUCACACUGGGGAGAGACCGUUCACCUGCUCAGACUGUGGGAAGAGAUUCACUUUUUCAUGUAAUCUGAAGGAACAUCAGCGAGUUCACACUGGGGAGAGGCCGUUCACCUGCUCAGUCUGUGGGAAGGGCUUCACUUGCUCAUCUCAGCUACUGAGACACCAGUCAGUUCACACCGGGGAGUGACCAUUCACUUGCUCAGUCUGUGGGAAGGGAUUCAAUUGGUCAUUUUACCUGCUGACACACAGGGAAAUGGCUGUUCUCCUUCUCUGUCUGUGGGAAGGGAUUCAUUAUGUCAUCUCAACUGAACAAACAUCAGCGAGUCCACACUGGGGAGAGGCCGAUCACCUGCUCAGGCUGUGGGAAGACAUUCUCUCAGCCAAAUCAACUAAUGGUGCAUCAUUGUGUUCACGCUGGGAAGAGGACGAUCACCUACUGUGAAUGUGGUGAAGGAUUUGUGGUGGACAUGGACUGUGCCUUUAAGUAAGAGAGAGCGAGACACUGACUACAGUACUGCUGCCUGCUUCUUGGUUGCUCUGGUGAGAUAGGUGGAGUUAUGUGAUGGACAGUUCGAUGUUCACUGUUGCUUCUGUUACAUGCUCAAGGAGAUCUGUUUUUUUGUGAGAAGUGAUGCAAUUGUCUUUUGGAGGUCACCUGAUAUGAUUUUCCCGCCGAUGUGAGGUCACGUGAUGACAUGUGCACCAUGUCUAUAUAAGGGUCGACCCAGGUGACGCAGUUGGUUUUUAGUUUGUAGAUUUCCAGGUAGAACGUGGUGUGUCUCUGUUUCAGUUGCGUGUUUGUUUUUGUGACGCAGUUUCAUUUUCAAAAUGCAGCAUUGCGUUCUGUUGCAAGAUACCAUUUUAUUGGACUGGAAAUUUUUGCUAGAUGUGUUGAUUUACCCAAUUCCAACAGUAGAAGGGAGAGUGAAGUAUUUAUCAAAGUACAGGAUCGAGAGGAGUCGGCAUCGUUUGGCAGUUUCACAAAGGAUCGACCUUAUUGAGUUUUCGUUGGUGGAGUAGCGACCUGCAUCGGAGAUAACUCUUGCCAAGGAGCAAGGAGUUCAUGCAAAGGUUUGCUCUCUCUCCCCCUCAAAAAGAGAAUUUAAGAUCAGUUGUUUUAAACUGUUUAUUUUCGGUAUCAUGAAUCCUUCGGACAGAACCAGCAGGAAACUCGCGUCUGUGAAGAAUUCCUUCUCCAGAGAAGUCUCUCCCAAUUGAACUUAUAAAUCUGUUGGACUUUUGAAUUUAUCGCUUUAAGAACUAUAUCUGACAUUAUUGCUUUAAGAAAUGUUUCCGCAUUUAACACUUUAAGAACCAGUGCUGAGUUGGUGAA